GGGGUCAGCGCCGGGCCCGGGGGUUGGAUCGGGGGCGGAGACGUGUGUCGAACCGCCCAAACAUCCUAUAGCGGAGCCGCCCUCUCCCACUCUGCCUCCGCACCAUGAACCAGCUGGACGCUGUAGUGAUCGUUACUGCCGUGCGCAGCCCCAUCGGUUCCUUCAAUGGGUGUUUUUCGAGUCUGGAUGCCCAUCAACUGGCCUCAGUGGUGAUAAAGGAAGCCCUGAAGAAAGCAAAUGUACAACCAGAAGAUGUGUCUGAAGUGAUUUUAGGGCAGGUUUUAACUGCAGGCCAAGGACAGAAUCCGGCCCGGCAGGCCAGCAUUGGCGCAGGAAUCCCCUACCACGUGCCGGCGUGGAGCUGUCAGAUGGUGUGUGGCUCUGGCCUGAAGGCGGUCUGCCUGGCCGCGCAGGCCAUCCUGACCGGGAGCUCCGACAUCGUGGUUGCCGGAGGCAUGGAGAGCAUGAGCAAGGCUCCACACUUGGUGCAGAUGAGAGCCGGGCACAGAAUGGGCGAUGUGCCCCUUCGGGACAGUCUGCUGUGCGACGGGUUGAUGGACGCCUUCCACAGUUACCACAUGGGAAUCACAGCCGAAAACGUGGCCAAGAUAUGGGAUGUGAGCCGGGAAGCCCAGGAUCGUUUCGCUCUACAGUCACAGGAAAAGACGGAGAUGGCACAAAAGGCAGGAUACUUCAGGAAGGAAAUUGUCCCCGUUACUGUCGCAUCCCGGAAAGGCUCUGUUGAGGUGGCGCAAGAUGAAUUUCCCCGCCACGGGAGCAGCUACGAAACCAUAUCAAACCUGAAGCCGUACUUUUUAACUGACGGGACUGGGAGUGUCACUUCUGGUAAUGCUUCCGGUAUAAAUGAUGGGGCUGCAGCUGUGAUUCUGAUGAAGAAGUCGAUGGCCCAGGAGAGAGGUCUGACACCAUUGGCACGCAUUGUUUCCUGGGCACAGGCUGGCUUGGACCCGGCUAUUAUGGGCACCGGUCCUAUCCCAGCAAUAAAGAAAGCGGUGGAGAAGGCUGGAUGGAAGCUGGAUACAGUCGACCUGUUUGAAAUUAAUGAAGCUUUUGCAGCACAGUCGGUUGCUGUUGUUAAGGAGCUGGGUUUGAGCCCAGACAAGGUAAACAUCCAAGGCGGCUCAAUUGCACUGGGCCAUCCGCUGGGAAUGUCUGGCUGCAGGAUCCUCGUCACGCUCCUGCACGCGCUGGAGAGGAUGGGAGGAGCCCGUGGAGUUGGCGCCCUAUGCAUCGGCGGUGGUAUGGGAAUAGCAAUGUGCGUCGAGAGGCAAUGAAUGGAGGAGAGGGCUGGCUGCAGGGGCCCCAGGUGUGAAUGAAGGGCAGGGAGGACAGAUCACAUCCUUUGUGUCGUCACCGGCCUUGCCCGUCAACACACUGGCCCAGAGGUUCGCAGCUAUGCCUUUGCUGGAUGAAAAAGGCAAAGAACACAAAGAUCAGAGCCUACAGCACAGCAGGCCCUUCAGCCCACCUUGUCUGCCAACCCACACUAAUCCCAUUUACCAGUAUUUGGGCUGUAGCCAACUGCAUCUCGGUGAUUCGUGCAAGUCCAGAUGCUUCUUAAAUAUUGUGAGACUUUCUGCCUCCACCAGCGCGUUCCAGAUUCCAACCACCUUUUGGGUGAAGCAUUUCUUCCUCAGAUUUGCUCUGAACCUCUUGACUCCUCACCUUAAAUCGUAUCCCUCUAACUUGAGGAAAGGGUUCUUGCUAUUGAUCGAUCAAACCCCUCAUAACUUUGUAGACUUCUUAUCGAGUCUCCUCUCGGCCUCCUGUGCUCCCAGGAGAACAAACCCAGACUGUUCAGUCUCUCCUCAUGACUGAAACCUUCCACCCAAGGGGAUCUGCUCUGUACUCUCCAUUGUAACUAUAUCCUCCCUAUAGUGCGGCGAUCUGAACUGGUACGUUCUGUAAAAUUGUGUAAUGGCAUCUCAACACAUGUAUUCCACUUGAAAGCGGAGUAUAUCAUGAGGGCAGGGUGAAUGCAAAGUAUUUUUCCAGGGUAGGAGGCUUAAGACUAGAGGGCAAAGCUAGACACAGGUUUAAGGUGAAAGAUCUAAUAGAAAUCUAGGCAACUUUUUAAAAUGAAUUUAUGAAACGAGCUGCCAGAGGUAGUUGAUGCAAGUAUUAUAUCAACAUUGAGAAAGUACAUGGAUUGGAAAGAUUUGUAGGAAUAUGAGCAAGUGAGACUAGCUUGGAUGGGCAUCUUGGUCAGCAUGGAUGAGUUUGGCUGAAGGGCAUGUUUCUGUGCUGUAUGACUCCAUCACUUGGUUUGUGCACAUGUCCAAGCUCCCACUUUACACAUGCAUGAUUAACCAAACCUAGAAAGAAUGAAUUACUGUUGCAAAGUCUGGAUUGUGUGGGAGAAAGAUCUUCCUGUACUACAAAAAUAAAAGCAAUGAUGUUUAAAAUGCAUCUAGAUGAACCUAUUACCUA